AUGGCUUCCAAAUUCUUUCCCGCCCUCCCGCGGGCCGGUCGUCAGUUGACUUGCCAUGUCCCCAGGCCCCAAUUCAGACCUUUCUCGGCUGGUCCGCAACGGUUCAGUGACUCCCUUGCCGUGCACCGCAACAAGCCUAACAACAACCCAUCUAUCCCCUUCAAGUUCUCUGAGCAGAACAACCAGCUCAUCGAAGAGAUCCUCGCUCGCUACCCCCCUCAAUACAAGAAGGCUGCCGUCAUGCCCCUGUUGGAUCUGGGUCAGCGCCAGCACGGGUUCACCAGCAUCAGCGUCAUGAACGAGGUCGCUCGCAUCCUUGAGAUGCCCCCCAUGCGUGUCUACGAAGUCGCAACCUUUUACACCAUGUACAACCGGGAGCCGGUUGGCAAAUACUUUGUUCAACUCUGCACAACGACACCCUGCCAGCUCGGCGGUUGCGGAAGCGACAAGAUCGUCAAGGCUAUCACAGAACACCUUGGCAUUACCCCCGGCCACACCACCAAAGACGGAUUGUUCACAUUCAUCGAGGUUGAAUGUCUCGGUGCCUGCGUCAACGCCCCCAUGGUCCAGAUCAAUGACGACUAUUACGAAGAUCUUACCCCCGAAUCGAUCAAGACCCUGCUCACCGCGCUCAAGGAAUCCGCCACUGCUACCUCUAGCAGCCCGGCUGAGAUCGUUGCCCCAGGACCCAUGACAGGAAGAUCAACCUGUGAGAACAGCGCCGGACUCACCAACUUGGUCGACCCCGUGUGGGACCCAGAGACGAUGAUGAGGAAGGACGGAGCCCUUGAUGGACAAGCGCAAUAAAUUUUAUAAACCAUAAUUCGAACGAGACAAAAAAAAAUCGAAAACAAAGAGUUAGAUGUUGGAAAUAUCCGAAAGUUUUUCCUUUUUUUUUUUUUCUUGUUCUUGCAGCCAUCCUUUUUAUUCUACCUGGCGGGUUUGACAGGACAAGACCACCAGCGGUUGAUUAUGUAUGUAUAGUACGUUGUUUCUGGUCUUUCUUGCAAUGAAGAAAUUAAGAUCAG